CUUCACGCUUCCAUUUGGGGAUUUGGAUUGCCCCUGGGGCUCGCUGAGCUGCCCGGCGCCGACGCCGGAUGCGGCUUUUGGCCCCAGUGUGGCUCCCCAGCGAGGGAGCGGGUGCCUGACAAGGGGCGGCAUGGUGGGACCUGCUCCUGCAUAGGGUUAGUGUUGCAUUAAAAUGGGAUUCAGCCACUGCUUCUUCACUUGCCAGUACCCCAAACUGGGCAAAAAAAAAAAAUCCACAUGCUGGGGGGAGCAUCCUCUGUCUCCUCGGCCAAAGGAAGCCUCUGCCCUGCCCUGAGUGUGAUUUUCAAGCACACCUUUAUCCCUGACGCUGCGUCUACAGCACCUCUUUCACAGGCACUGUGUCAGGGCUCUGCAGAGGGGCUCACCCCUUUCCCUGGCAAGUCUAUUUAAAAAGAAAAAGGAUGAUUUUUCUAGCAGGCGGCCCCGCAGCCCCGGCUCCGAGAGACGAGCUGGUGCCGUUCCAGCACAUGCAUCAUCCCCGGCAAUAAAGCUUCUGCAAUUAAAAUGUAGAUGACCAUAUGGCUGUUGAUGUGUAACCCAGUGGGUUGCAGAGCUCCCUCCGGGCCCAAUCUGCGGAGGCUCGAGCGGUGGCAGCACCUGCUUCUCACUUGGGAGGUCCCCGCUGGAGCCCCCGCAGAGCGGCUGGAGGUGGUGGCCGUGCUCCGGGCUCGUCCCCUGGCAGCACCUCCGGAGCUGUGCUGGCCCACGCAGGAAAAGGGAGGUUGGGUUGGGAGAAGGGGGUGGCGAGCCCCAGUGUUCCCCUGUGCUGCUCAGCAGGUUGCAUUAGCCCAGCGUGAUGCUUUGGGGGAGCUCAGGGCGUGUGGCUGGACCAGCUGCAGAACCGGGUGUUUUGCUUUCCUGGGUGCAGCUCCCCAUCACCAUUUGGGAUUUGAGGGGUGCUACCAAGCCCUGACAGGGCCGUGCAGGUCUCCCUGAGCCUGAAGUGCAAGCGUUGCCCCUGUUUAUGCACUGGGUUUGGGAACAGACUCUCCCACCGCAGCAGGAGGGGGAUAAUGGGGUGCUCCCAUCAACCGCCUUGGACUCGCGUGCAGGGUUUCUGCUGCUGGCUGUCGUUCAGCCCUCUCCUCACCAGCGCCUGCUGUGGGCUUCACAGACAGAAAGGGGAGAUGGCAGCCCUUCCCCUGGGGAUGAACAGUCGCUGAGGUUUUCUGAAACCACUUAGAGGACCUGGAGGCGAUAUUCCCAUUAACGGGGUAAUCAGAUCCUCUCGCUGCCUUCCAAAGGUUGGGCCCAAGUGGGAAGGAAGGGGGAAACUGCAGAGCUAAAGAAUGGAGUGGUGAGGCUGUUUCGGUGCUGGUUGGAUCUACUCUGAGCUGCAGGUCUUGUCCUGCUGCCGGGAGAGCGCCAGGCUUUACAGGCCUCUUAGGAAUAUGGGAAUUAUUCAUAUAUGACAUACCAUAAAUGUAUAAUUGGUAAAAAUGCUUGACUAGGGCGCAUCUGCAUGGGGUGUACGGACUAGGCAGCCCAUCCGUCAGGAUGAGUUUGUGAUGCUCUUUACCUUGUUGAGGCGCACAGACGUGUGUGGGGACAAGCUGGCCGGGUCCCCACCCCAGGGUGGCUGGCAUUACCAUGGUAGGAGGAGGCUGGGCAUACCCCAGACGGUUGUUUUGGCGUGGCUCUGGGUGUAAUUCUGGCAUUGGGUGUAAUUCUGCCUUUGCUACUGAUUCAGUAGGAUCAACUGUUUCCAUCCUUGAGCCGCUGGCUGGGGAAACCCACCAGGCGGAUGCUCCCUUCCCGGCAUGUCCACUGGGAAGAUCCUCUCCUGGUUGAGUGGGGAGAAAUACUGCAGGAGAUAGUAGGUGCCCCAGGGUGAUUCUGUUCCCAAGGCCAAGAGGACUGUCAGAAAUUAACAGUUAUCUUUCUUAAGGGCUUUUUUUCUUUCUUAUCCUUUCAGUGGCCUCCCAUCAACAGGGAUUGGAAACAAAAAAUCUUAGAGAAUUCUCAGUCAAAAAGAUCGCGUAUUCCCUCCAGAGCUGGGUAAUCUCCGCACCAACGGGAUGACUGAUUACCGCCGGUUUCUAUUAAACAGGCAUUAAUGAUGAUUAUUGUCUCACUUUAGCUAAACCAUGAGCCUCUGCACGGCAGCGUGAGGCUUGGUGAAGGUCACUUUGACAGUAACGCAUUCCCCAUAAAUAUAUGUUCGGGGAGUUGUUGAGCAUUGGGUUGAUAAGGAGCCGCCGUGGGCAUCAGGAGCUUCUCCCCAUCAUGAAGAGAGGUGAUGGAGGGAAGUGGAAAGCCACUAGGGCCAGUACAUCGGGGCAGAGGAACUGUCAGUACCCUCUGGGCUUGUACUUGUAGUGUUGUGGUGCAAAGGUUUGGUUUGAAACUUCUGUUACUGGCUUAAUUAAAACAUUAUCCAUCCUGCCUAUAAGGAACCUUGAUGGCUCGUGCAAGUUGCAUGUCGUUAGUCGUCAUGCAUUGCUUCAAAGAACGUGUUGAAGAAAUCACAUUUAAUAAGGUCUUGCUGACAGUGCCACAAGACUUCCAGGGUUUCUGUAAGAUCUUUUGGUGUUUUGUUUUUUUUUAAGAAGAGAGAAAAAAGAAAAUAUUUUAAAGAAAAGCAACCAUAUAAAAUCCCACAGCAAUUUAAAAGUUCCAUAAUCUCCUCUGCCUGCCCCUCAACCUGGAGACGAAGGCGCAGACACCUUGCCAUGUGGCCAGAUGUUCUGCAUCUGGACAUUGCUUUGCCAGACAGGUCGCAUUCCUGCACGGCUGUUUCUUCUGCUUCGUGCUUUCGGCACCAGGUUUAUUGGUCGCAGUGACUUGGGUUGGUUUCCAAAGUAAUUUUUCCACAGAGAGCAGCUCAAGGGUUUGGUCAUUCCUUGAAACCCUUCAGAAGGGGCUGAUUUUCCGAUGGUGUCUUGCCUGGAGAGCACCGUAAGCAUCCCUGGUUUGGGUACAUGGGCUUUUUAGCCAGUUUAGAAAAAUCUCUGUAUAACAGCGAUGCUCACUGGUUGUCUUCUGCUGCCAGGGAAGGGAAAGCAGUUUGCUCCUGACUCCCUGGGGGGUGUUGUGGUUUGGUGUCAGAGGUACAACGGAGCCAGCCCUGUGUGAUGGGGACACAGGGGGACUCUGUGCCCAUCGUCCAGGGGAGCGGGUGAGAUUUCUGGGCUGCUGGAGGCGAUCAUGCAGUCAAGCGUAUCGAUGGUCGUGCUGCCUGCGAAUAGUGGGAUGGAGGAAGACUGUUGGGUUUGUUUUUUUUCUUGUCUCGCAAAGUGCAUUCAGGCUGCUUGACAGCACCGACAAUCAAAGUACUUUCCAUUCUUCCAGAAGGUAAAAUAAGAAAACCGGCUGAAAACAAGGUUCCCAGAAUAUCUCAGUAAACAUGAGAUACAAAUCAGCGCGAGCCCUUCAGCCUCCUUUGUCAGCUCUCGGCUCCCUCCCGGCUUGCCGGCAGCCACAUCCCUCGCUGGCAGGCAUCCGGGCGCUCCCGGGGGGUGGGCUUGUGCCAAGUGACCCCAACCAAGGAUUUUACUGUGCAUCCCGAAAGAUGAGACAUCUGCUUAUUGGCUUUUGUGAGCUUUUUAUUAAUUAGCGCUUUUAGAAUGGGCUUGGAGGGUCUUGCAUGCUAAGUACAGAGCUAGGAAGCGUUUCUCUUCUCAUUACGUUUCCGUUGGGAUUUCCUGCUCUUGCAUUUACUCCUUCAGCCUGGCUCGGCCGCGGCCGGGAGCACGGAAUGUCCAUUGGUGGGUAACUCUGUCCCCUCCCCAGGUGAAGCGGUGGGGAAGAGCAGCGUGGUCCCUUUGCCGUACGAGAGGUUCCUGAAAGAGCCGGGCUCGCUGGCGGUGGCCGGCUUGCCCGAGGGGAUCAGCUUUAAGAAACCCAUGGAGUACGACGUGAAGUCCCUGAUGGCCAUCUUAGAGCACAGCCACAGCAUCCGCUUCAGGCUAAAAAGGCCGGCGGACGAGCCCAGCCGAGAGCCGAACCCCAGCGUCGAGCUGACUUGUACCUCCCUCCCCUCCAAGGGCGGCCGGGACUCUGGUGCCAACGGCCCCAUGGCCAAACCUGCCGGCCCGGACACCCCCUCCACCGUCACCGUCACCAACUUCUUAUACGGCGUCUCGCUGCCCACCCAGAUCGCUGUCGACCUAAAGCAAGAGGCGUCCUCUGGGCCGAACGCGGCUGGCGAGGCGCUGAUGCCCAGGCCGGCGGGAGAGCUGAAGGUGCCUUCCUCACAGGAGUACAGCGACUGCUGUGGACAGAAAUCGUCAGUCUCCGGAGGUCCCCUCAUCCAGAAUGUGCACUCGUCCAAGCGCAUCCUCUUCUCCAUCGUCCAUGACAAGACAGAUAAGUGGGACAGUUUUAUAAAAGAAACUGAAGAUAUCAACACCCUUAGGGAGUGCGUGCAAAUUCUGUUUAACAGCAGAUAUGCCGAAGCCUUGGGGUUAGACCACAUGGUCCCCGUCCCGUACCGGAAGAUUGCCUGCGACCCCGAGGCGGUGGAAAUCAUCGGCAUCCCGGACAAAAUUCCCUUCAAAAGACCUUGCACCUAUGGUGUCCCCAAACUCAAGCGGAUACUGGAGGAGAGGCACAACAUCCAUUUUGUCAUCAAAAGGAUGUUCGACGAGAGAAUUUUUACAGGAAGCAAAUUUACCAAAGAUCCAACCAAGCUGGAGCCCUCCAGCCCCCCCGGGGAGAUCUCCCCCGAGCCGCACCGCGGGGCCGCGCUGGACCUGGCGGGGACCUCUCAGGCCAACAGCAGGUCUGAGAAGUGUAGCGUUUCUGAAAGCUGUGAACCAGGUACCUCAGGAGAGCUGGGUGGGAUCAGGCAGAUCAAAAUCGAGCCAGAUGAGCUGGACAUCAUCCAGAUCACCGUGCCAGACCGAUCGCCCAGUUCGGAUGAGAUGCAUGACCCAGUGCCCACGCACAUGGCCUCAGAGGAGUCGAAUUACAUCCUAGAAACGGUAGCAGGGACGGAGAAGGGGCCCAGCGAGGAGUUGCGACAUGAAGAAAAGCAGAUGGAGGGAUCAGAUGGUAUAGGGGACGUUUUAAGUCAUUUGAGGAAACAAGUUGAAAUUUUGUUCAACACGAGAUACGCGAAAGCCAUAGGAAUAUCGGAGCCAGUUAAAGUUCCCUACUCCAAGUUCCUGAUGUAUCCCGAGGACCUGUUUGUUGUGGGCUUGCCAGAGGGCAUCCUGCUGCGGCGCCCUAACUGCUUUGGGAUUGCCAAGCUGAAGAAGAUCCUGCAAGCGAGCAACAACAUCCAGUUUGUCAUUAAAAGACCGGAGCUGCUGGCAGAAGGUGUAAAGGAGCCGGCGUCGGACAGCCCGGCAGCCAAAGCCGCCAGUGAGAGGGAGUCAAGCGAGGCGCUGCUGGAGGACGCUGUGAAGAGACAGGGCUUUCAAGAAAAUUAUGAUGCCAGGCUUUCCAGAAUAGACAUCGCUAACACGCUGCGGGAACAAGUCCAGGACCUGUUCAAUAAGAAAUAUGGUGAGGCCUUGGGGAUUAAAUACCCCGUGCAAGUGCCAUACAAGCGGAUCAAGAGCAAUCCGGGGUCAGUGAUUAUAGAGGGGCUGCCCCCCGGGAUCCCCUUCAGGAAGCCGUGCACCUUUGGCUCGCAGAACCUGGAGAGGAUAUUGGCCGUGGCCGACAAAAUCAAGUUCACCGUGACGAGGCCUUUUCAAGGACUCAUCCCCAAACCCGCCCCUAGACGGAUAACAUCAUUGGAAAAAGCCUACGCUGCCUUGAAUGAUGAGGACGAUGCCAACAGGCUCGGAGAGAAGGUGAUUCUCCGAGAGCAAGUGAAAGAGCUUUUCAAUGAAAAAUACGGAGAGGCUCUGGGCUUGAACCGACCCGUCAUGGUGCCCUAUAAACUCAUCAGGGACAGUCCUGACGCUGUGGAGGUUACCGGCUUGCCAGACGAUAUCCCUUUCAGAAACCCCAAUACCUACGACAUCCAUCGGCUGGAGAAGAUCCUGAAGGCACGGGAGAGCAUCCGGAUGGUGAUUAUAAACCAGCUCCAGCCGUUUGCCGAAAUCUGCACUGAGGCCAAACAAACAGAGAAAGACACCAGCGUUCCCAAACGGAAGCGGAAGAGGAUCUCCGAAGGGAACUCGGUAUCUUCCUCUUCCUCAUCUUCCUCUUCCUCCUCUUCCAAUAUGGAGUCUACAUCAUCAACAAAUCAGAUCUCACUUGUGCAAUGGCCCAUGAACAUGUACAUGUUAGACUAUGGUGGUCUAAACGUCCAGAUCCCAGGACCUAUUAACUAUUAGACCUCAAUACCGAAUAAGAACCUCAAAUGAAAGAAUAAAUAAAUAAAUGUAAUUUAUGUAAAAAGUGUAUAUUCCAAUAUGUAUCAAUGCCUUUUAGUUUUUCCAAUGAUUUUUACACUAUAUUCCUGCC